AUGCCCGGCUCAGUCCGCUACUUCAACCUAACAGCUCCCUUCUGGGACUUCAUCGCAGACAUGGAAGGUCGCAGCAACAAUAACAGCACCAACCACGAAGCAUCCGACAACGAAGAAGAAGAACAACAACAACAACAAACCCACCCAAGCGGCAACCCAUGGUCUCAAGCCUGGGCUGGCUUCCCCUGGGGCCCAGUCCCACAUCGUGGUCGCCGUCAUGGUCCUCCACAUCAUCACCCAGGCCCGCCACCACCGCCACCACCAGCCGAAGGUGAAUCUGAGACAGAGGCUGGUCCAUCCGAGCCUCGAGAUCCCGCACCACCCUUCUCUGACAAUGAAGAAGGAAAUGCGCCAGAAGGACAUCGCUCCCAUCACGGACGUCAUGGCCAUGGUCCCCAUCAUGGACCUAGCGGCAUGGGAUCACGAGGUCGUGGACGCUGUGGCGGUAGAGGAGGCUGGGGAGGUCGUGGCCGCGGGCACUUCCACCCUUACGCGAUGGGCGGAGCGGGGCCCUUCAGUGGUCUUGCUGAACUCUUCCAAUCUCAGCUCUUCAGCGACGACAAUACUAAAGAUAAAGCCAGCAACAACAACGAAGACUUCAAACCCGACGUAGACGUCUUCGACACGACUGCGGCGUUCAUCGUUCACGUCAGCUUGCCUGGAGCGAAGAAGGAAGACGUUGGUGUGAAUUGGGAUGCGGAGAAGAGUGAGCUGUCAGUUGCUGGGGUGGUAUACCGACCCGGUGAUGAGGAGUUGCUGAAGAUGCUUGCGUUGGAUGAGAGGAGGGUUGGUGCUUUUGAGAGAAAGAUACGACUUGGGAGUAGGGCCAACCCGGCGCAGGUUGAUGUUGAGGGGAUGACGGCGAGGCUGGAGGAUGGGGUGUUGAGGGUAGAGGUGCCGAGGAUGGAGGAGGGGUUUGUGGAGGUUAAGAAGGUGGAUAUUGAGUAG